AAAUUUGACGCUUCUGAUAUAGAUUUCUUUUGAAUAGUUGACAAAUAUUUCCAAAGUUCUCUAAAGUUGUGUCACACGCCACAAUUUUAUACACUUCGAUUGUGAAAUUAGCAGUUUGAAUACUUUAAAGAUGGUGGACAGAUAUUAUGGUAGUUAUGAAGCCAUUUCGAUACAAUCAGUUGACACAGUCUCUCAAAAGACGAUCAGCACCGACUCACAUACGCCAAACAUUCAUAUAACCCGCAACAUGGUGCACGAUCUGCACUGCCUGAGGAAGAAUAAAGAUGCGAGUACGCACUCGAUAACUUCUCCACUGUUGAAUGCACCAACUCCGCCAGUUUCCGAGGCUGGCGAAGUUGAGAUGCAGUCCGAAGAGACUGUGAAUUUCGAACAGACCGAAGACACGCUGCCCAAUUGUAAGCAUCAAGUGAUGAUCAUAUUCGAGGGAGGCGACAUCAAUUGUGCACUCUACUUUCUGAUCAAAUCGAUGGAGAAUCCAUUCGCAUGCAAUGCGGUGGCAACAGUGCUCGUUGAGAAAUCGCUGCUCAAUGAAUUUGUGUCGCGUGUCAAGCUAGGAAUGCGACCCAUGUUGCUGGACGAGCCGAAGGUGUCGAAAUUUCGCAAUACUCUCGAUGCACUCGAGAAGCUCAACAUCCAGACGAUACAUUGCAAGUGUCGAUAUCCUGAGAUGAGUCCCGUGUUGGUCUUUGAUUGCCAGCACAGAGAGUUGGGAGAGGGGACAACGGGUGUGAUUUGUGUGCGAACUUUUACUGCGAUCUCUGAGAUCGUUGACAUCUGCAUGAAGGAGAGUCUGCUCUUUGCCACCAGCUCAAUGUGGAAUGAAUCCGUUGAGCAGCUCUAUCAACUGGUUGUCGCCCUCAAUUGCCCCACGUUCUUUUUCAACUGCAGCGAUGUCAGUUUGCAUCCCAUACGCGAAUCUUUGGCUGCUAAGAAGAAUUCUGUUUGCAUUAGCGAUGGUUUUCACUACGAAACUCUUUUGAUUCAGGAUGAAAUCAAAAGUAUCAUAUUUCCAAUUGGUGCGCAUCUUUAUCAAUCGCAGCCGGAGAAAAGUGUCAUGAUUGCUCCCGUUUCCUUUUUGAAUGAAUGAGAAGCAAAAGAUGCUUCCUCGAUCGUCUCGAUCGCAGUAACGUGUCACAUUUUGGGGUUUUUCGAACAACAAACGUUCGCGCGUUUAAUUGAUCUUUGUGGCGUUGCCAAAAAUAUAAAUUUUAAUCAAAA